CCGAGUGGAGAGGCGUCCGCGUGCUCUGCUGCUGUCAGCGUGACGUCACGGUAGUAGCUCUCCUCGCGGCGGCGGUGCUGAACAAGAUGGCUGUGCGUCGCGUUACGAGCGGCUGAAAAAAUCACACACAGCCCGACGAACCGCGGGUCACGUCGAGAGGGUGGUUGAAAACACUCGGGUUGAAUUAUCUGCAGGAUUCGGAAUAGCAACUGCUGUUAUUUUUGUAUAUUUUGGGGUAGAGUUUAAUAAAGGGAAGGGGAGGUUUCUCAACGUAAAAAAAAUCCAUACUUCGUUUUAAUAGCAGUUUUAUUAUCUAAAAUAACGCAAAAGGACGAGAGCAAUAAUACAGAAAAGAGAUGUCACUGCUGUGUGUUGGAGUGAAGAAAGCCAAGCUCGAUGGACCUCAAGAGAAAUUCAACACAUAUGUGUCACUGAAGGUUCAGAAUGUGAAGAGCACCACCAUAGCCGUGCGAGGCAGUCAGCCAUGUUGGGAACAGGACUUCAUGUUCGAGAUUAACAGACUGGAUCUGGGCCUGGCGGUGGAGGUAUGGAACAAAGGACUGAUCUGGGACACCAUGGUUGGCACAUUGUGGAUCCCUUUGAGCAACAUUCGUCAGUCGAACGAGGAAGGUCCAGGACAAUGGCUGACUUUAGACUCCCAGGUCAUUAUGGCUGAGAAUGAGAUCUGCGGCACCAAGGAUCCCACGUUCCAUCGAGUGCUUUUGGAUACACGAUUCGAACUCCCAUUAGAUAUACCAGAGGAGGAAGCUCGAUACUGGGCCAAGAAACUGGAGCAGCUCAAUGCCAUGAGGGACCAAGAUUACACAUACCAGGAGGAGCAUGAGAGACCACUUCCGAUACCAUCAACUCAGUGCUGUAACUGGAGUCUAUGGGGGGACCAGCAAAAUGAUGAUCCAGAUAGUGCUGUGGAUGAUCGAGACAGUGAUUACCGCAGUGAAACCAGCAACAGCAUCCCGCCUCCAUUCUACACCACUUCUCAGCCCAACGCCUCCUUGCACCAAUACCCCAUCCGUAACACACACCAUGGCUCCCGCUACAACGACGUGAAUGACUGUGACUAUGAUAACCAGAGAGCCAUCAGACACUAUGAUAGUUUAGACUCCGCCACCAACGGCCGCAGCGAUCUUGAUUCGGCUUCUGGCUCGAGCAGGCGGACCAGCCGCCAAUACUCCUUAGACAGUAGGCACUCGCUCUCUGAUAGUCCCACCGGCAGUAGUCGCUAUGCCUCCUCUGGUGAGCUGAGCCGCGGCAGCUCCCAACUCAGUGAGGAGUUUGGCCCAGACGAUGGCGAGAGUUUCCGAGGUUCCGGAGAGUUCUACGACGAGAACGACUCUUACCACUCCUGCCAUUCCUCCGUUAGCUACGGUAAAGACUCACCUGAUUGGGAUCCAGAUGAGCCGCAGGGCGUCUACAGUGAUGAUGGGGAGUACAACAAAGAUGGAGGUGAAGAAGAGGCACAAUAUGUUGAAGAGGAUGGUGAGGUCUAUGAGCAGGAGGAAGCGGAGUAUCCCUAUGAGGAGGAAGAGGAUGAAGACCUGUACCCAAUGGAUGGUACUCUCAGUGAAGAGCAGGAGCCACCUUACACCCCUACCCCAACCAGCACUGCCCCAAUGUUGGCUCCUGAGGCCCCGACCAGUCGUCCACCACUGGAGAAACAGGCUUCCAUGCACCAGCAACAACCACCACAAUCCCAACCACCAUUCCAGACCAUGGAGUCUAAGCGAGAGUCAUCACCCCCACAGCAGCCACAUGAUGUCUUUGCCAAGGUACCGCAUACCUCAACCCCACCACGAGUCUCAGAGGUGGAGCCUGGGAAGGUCCCAACACCUGUAGGCAAGCUUGUAGCCCCUUCGAGGGAACCUUUGUCUACCCCUGCCACAGAGGUCCCGCCUGAAGCAGAUCAAGAAAAGAAAGAGGCUUCUCCAGAGAGCACACCAAAGCUGGAGCCACGUGUGGACCCUGCAGUAAGGGCCAAAGCCAACUGGUUGCGACUCUUCAACAGGGUUCGCCUUCAGCUGCAGGAGGCUCGAGGCGAGACUCCAGGACUCGCGUCACUCUUUUUGCAAGCAGGGCCUGGAGGUGCUCUUUACAGCAUAGACAGCAUGCCGGACCUACGCAAGAGGAAGGCCAUCCCUCUCGUCCGAGACCUGGCAAUGUCUCUUGUCCAAAACUCUCGAAAAGCAGGCAUCACUUCUGCUAUGGCCUCCAGCACACUCAACAAUGAAGAAUUGAAGAGUCACGUCUAUAAGAAGACCCUGCAGGCUUUGAUCUACCCCAUUUCCUGCACUACACCACACAACUUUGAGGUGUGGACGGCCACGACCCCCACCUACUGCUACGAGUGUGAGGGGCUUCUGUGGGGCAUCGCUCGACAGGGCAUGCGCUGCACAGAGUGCGGGGUCAAGUGUCACGAGAAGUGUCAAGAGUUGCUUAAUGCCGAUUGUCUACAGAGGGCGGCGGAGAAGAGCUCCAAGCAUGGAGCUGAGGAUCGCACCCAGAAUAUCAUCAUGGUGUUAAAAGAUCGCAUGAAGAUCCGUGAACGCAACAAGCCUGAGAUAUUCGAGUUGAUUCAGGACGUGUUUGCCGUCAUCAAGGCGACUCACGUGGCACACAUGAAGCAGGUCAAGCAAAGCGUCCUAGACGGAACGUCCAAGUGGUCGGCAAAGAUCAGCAUCACCGUAUUAUGUGCCCAGGGCCUGCAGGCAAAGGACAAGACCGGCUCCAGCGAUCCUUAUGUUACAGUGCAAGUAGGCAAGACCAAAAAACGAACCAAGACCAUCUACGGCAACCUCAACCCUGUAUGGGAUGAGAGCUUCAAUUUUGAGUGUCACAACUCUUCCGAUCGGAUCAAAGUGCGCGUGUGGGACGAGGACGACGAUAUUAAGUCCAGAGUCAAGCAGAAGUUCAAACGGGAGUCUGAUGAUUUCCUCGGUCAGACCAUCAUCGAGGUUCGAACUCUGAGCGGAGAAAUGGACGUCUGGUACAACCUGGACAAGCGUACGGACAAGUCUGCUGUGUCUGGAGCCAUUCGUAUGCACAUCAGUGUGGAGAUCAAAGGAGAAGAAACCGUAGCUCCAUACCACGUCCAGUACACUUGCCUGCACGAGAACCUUUUCCACUAUCUAACGGACAUCCAGAACAAUGGGGUGGUGAAGAUACCAGAUGCCAAGGGUGAUGAUGCAUGGAAGGUUUACUUUGAAGAGACGCCCCAAGAAAUCGUCGAUGAGUUUGCCAUGCGUUACGGGGUGGAGUCCAUUUACCAAGCCAUGACACACUUCGCCUGCUUAUCAUCAAAGUACAUGUGUCCUGGAGUGCCUGCGGUCAUGAGCACCCUACUGGCCAACAUCAAUGCUUACUACGCUCACACAACCCAGGCCACUAACAAUGUGUCCGCCUCUGACCGUUUCGCUGCCUCCAACUUUGGUAAAGAGCGAUUUGUCAAGCUUCUGGACCAGCUUCACAACUCUCUGAGGAUUGACCUUUCUAUGUACAGGAAUAAUUUCCCAGCUAGCAGUCCUGAGAGGCUACAGGACCUCAAGUCUACUGUGGACCUGCUGACCAGCAUCACAUUCUUCAGGAUGAAGGUCCAGGAGCUUCAGAGUCCUCCUCGUGCCAGCCAGGUAGUGAAGGACUGUGUGAAGGCUUGCCUCAACUCUACCUACGAAUACAUUUUCAACAACUGCCACGAGCUGUAUAGUCGAGAAUACCAGACGGACCCGAACAAAAAAGGAGAGGUUCCUCCUGAGGAACAAGGUCCAAGCAUCAAGAAUCUAGACUUCUGGUCUAAGCUAAUCACCCUUAUUGUCUCAAUUAUUGAAGAGGACAAAAACUCCUACACCCCCUGCCUUAACCAGUUUCCGCAGGAGCUCAAUGUCGGAAAAAUCAGCGCAGAGGUUAUGUGGAACCUGUUUGCCCAGGAUAUGAAGUACGCAAUGGAAGAGCAUGAAAAGAACCGGCUGUGCAAGAGCGCAGAUUACAUGAACCUGCACUUCAAAGUAAAGUGGCUCUACAAUGAAUACUGCAAAGACCUGCCUUUCUUCAAGAGCCGAGUGCCUGAAUAUCCCACGUGGUUCGAGCCGUUUGUCAUCCAGUGGUUGGAUGAGAAUGAGGAGGUGUCUCGGGACUUUUUGCACGGAGCCCUGGAGCGCGAUAAGAAAGAUGGGUAUCAGCAAACUUCGGAGCACGCUCUCUUCUCCUGUUCGGUAGUGGACGUUUUCUCGCAGCUUAAUCAGAGCUUCGAGAUCAUAAAGAAGCUGGAGUGUCCGGACCCACAGAUCGUUGGACACUACAUGAAGAGAUUUGCCAAGACCAUUAGCAACGUUCUGCUCUCCUACGCGGACAUUAUCUCAAGAGACUUCCCCAACCACUGCACCAAAGAGAAAGUGAAUGCAAAGGAUGGCGCUGUCAAACCGUGCAUCCUCAUUAACAAUAUCCAACAGCUCAGGGUACAGCUUGAGAAGAUGUUUGAGGCCAUGGGUGGUAAAGAUUUGAAUGUUGAAGCUAGCGACAUCUUGAAAGAACUCCAGCUGAAGCUCAACAAUGUUUUAGAUGACCUUGCAAGGAUCUUUGCCACCAGUUUCCAGCCAAACAUUGAAGAAAAUGUCAAGCAGAUGGGUGACAUACUUAGCCAGGUGAAGGGGACGGGGAACGUACCAGCAAGUGCUUGCAGCAGCGUUGCCCAGGAUGCCGACAACGUCCUCCAGCCAAUCAUGGACUUCCUUGACAGCAAUCUCACACUGUUUGCCAAGAUCUGUGAGAAGACAGUGUUGAAGCGAGUGCUGAAAGAGCUUUGGAAGUUGGUGAUGAACACAAUGGAGAAGACCAUUGUUCUGCCACCUUUGACUGACCAAACGGGCAGGGUGAAGCUUGCUUGUCACAGUGAUGGCACUCAACUUAUAUUCAACGCAGCCAAGGAACUCGGUCAGCUCUCCAAGUUGAAGGAGCACAUGGUUCGUGAGGAAGCCAAGGCACUGUCCCCUAAACAGUGUGCAGUGAUUGAGUUAGCACUGGAUACUAUAAAGCAAUAUUUCCAUGCUGGAGGUGUGGGGCUGAAAAAGACGUUCCUGGAGAAAAGUCCAGACCUGCAGUCUCUGCACUACGCUUUGUCCCUCUACACUCAGGCCACCGACAAACUCAUCAAGACCUUCGUUCAGUCCCAGAAUACACAGGUUCAUGGAGGGAAGGGGGUAAGGUUUACCCAUAGUGAAGACGUGUACCCAGAGAAGGGUACUGGUGUUGAUGAUGCAGUUGGAGAAGUGUCUAUCCAUGUGGAGAUCUUCACUCAUCCAAAUACUGGAGAGCACAAAGUCACAGUGAAGGUGGUGGCUGCGAAUGACCUACGGUGGCAGACCUCCGGAAUUUUCCGGCCUUUCGUGGAGGUCUACAUCAUUGGCCCUCAUCUUAGUGAUAAGAAGAGAAAGUACGCCACCAAGUCCAAGAACAACAGCUGGGCUCCCAAAUACAAUGAGACCUUUACAUUCACAUUAAGUAAUGAAGUGGGUCCGGAGUGCUACGAGCUGCAGGUGUGCGUGAAAGACUACUGCUUUGCGCGAGAGGACCGCACCGUUGGCAUGGCAGUACUGCAACUGAAGGACGUAGCACCGCGGGGUAGCGUAGCAUGCUGGCUACCGCUAGGUAAACGCAUUCACAUGGACGAAACGGGCCUGACUGUGCUGCGAAUCCUGUCCCAGCGCAACAACGACGACGUCGCGAAAGAAUUUGUCAAGCUCAAAUCUGACCAGCGCUCUGCUGAGGAGGGGCGGAGCUAAGAUCAAGAAAUAGCUAGCGAGACAUGGUAAUUUUGGCGUAAACACUGCCCCCUGAUGUUCAGAUGUUGCACUAGCACAUAGAAGAAAAAUACACAAGACAUAUUUAUCUCAGUUCUUCACUUUAAUAGCCAACCGUUUACAUGACAAAGCAGUUAUAUAUUUGUACUUGCCAGGAAGGGCUUGUUUAACAAGCACAAUUUGGCACAUGAAACUGACACAGGAUAUUGUAUCUCUUAAAUACUUGCUGUUUGUGAUGUCUUUCAUUUUUAUAAUGCAUAUUCCAAGACAAAAACCUGCCAAAAUGUACUUAAAUACAAAACAUAUUUAUCUAUUUAUCUGUAAAGCAUUAAAUAUCACUAUCAAUGCACAGGUCUCAAAAUAUAAAUCCUGAAAAUAUUACUUAUAAUAAUAUAUUUAAAAGAAUACUACUAGUAAUAAAAGACUAUUUACAGUAGUUAUAUAAAAAAUACAUUUAUAUUUUAUUUAUAUUCUUUUUGUUUUUUUUUCAAAUGCAUCUGUGAAAUAAAACCAGAUUAAGGCAUGUAAACAGUGCUACAUAAUGCCAUGAUUUUUUUUCUUUUUUUUUUCGAUCUGUAAUGAUGUCAGACCUCUUUCGUGUGGCCUUUUGUCAAUCAUUCCUGCACCCUUCAAAGGGUGCCUUAAUGUCAGGGUAUCGUUUCUCCACUACGCACAACCAUUUCACCCCCUAACCUCCUUAAUAGGGACCAAAAUCCCCUAUGGGUCAGACUUUAAUGUUAUGCAAUCGUUUAGAAGCACAAAAAAAUAGACCUACAACCAAAUACACCUUUGAACACAGAGUGGUUGCUUUUCCAUGUAGUAGGAAAGCAUUUGAAAUUAUUUUUCCGGGGUGUCACUAGCAGGAACUCCUACAAAUUCUGCUUAUUGUACGGACACAAAAUAUUUUGUAAAGAUGUUUCACACAUCUAGAUUCAAUCACAGGGCCACGUCUGUCCUGUCUUUGUGUUUGUUUUCCGAUCUGUUCAUGUUCAAGUACGAGUGCCUGUGCGGUUUAUCCGGUGUUUGUCGGCAUAAGGCACUGCUGUUUAUGCGAUGUAUAAGUGCAAGUCUAGAUUGACAAACACUGCUUGUAUUAGACACCAGAGCUGCCUGUUAUAGUAAAAAUUCACUUUAUAACGUCACGUUUAAAUGUCAUUUUGCUUCAGAUCAUUCCAUGCAAAAUGGGACUUUUUUAUUCACUCACUAGUUUCCCACCUCAGAAGAAUCACAGCCAUUGAGAAUCGCUCCUAUAGAGUUGCCAUAGUAGCCGUUGAUCAGUCCUGCCAUUUUACUGCCAAACCAUCCACCAUAUUAGAAAAGCACAAGAGAGAUGCUCUAUAAUGUGGGUUAAGCACUGUAUAUCCAUUCAUUCCCUGCUGUAUCUGCGCUAAACCGACAAAAACUAGCCGUGCUAUGGAUCUACUUAUGAAAAUCUGAGGUGAUGUUAUCUAGAUAGAGUCGCUUAUUGAAUUUAGCAAUUAAGCACUUUGCGCUACAGCUACUUUUUGUGGUUUCCCCAUAUCAUUUCUCUGAAAAUAGUCUGUGCAUCUGUUCUAUUGAAGUCAUCAGUGAUCAACAGCCUUGGAUUGUUUACACCGCGAACGCUCAGCGCCAACUGAAGCUGCAAACUUCGCUGUUGUUUUGUUUUACAGACUGAAUGCUUUUAUGUUCACCAUUGUGAUAUUGAACACUGGGGUUCUGCCGCAGGAAAUGGCAUUAUUGAAUGUUGGAUUGACUGCAGAGUGGAAAAUGGGAUCUGUAGCAAGAAAACACUUUAAUUUGGGUGAUAGGAUUUCAGAUAUAAAAGCUGUGUGUUGCUGUCUGUGAAUAAUAAUAUUACAGGAUACAGUCGUGAGCAUGUAGUAUGAGACAAAGCACACGCAGACACAAGUGCACAUGGAUCCCAGUAACUCCACAUGCACACUAACAGCGACUCCUUGCCUGUAAAUAAGAAGCAGUGCAUGUUGGGAAAGAUUCUUCUUUGUGCCAGCAUGUAUGUUUGAUGUGAUAUUCAAUUGUUGUAUUUAUUUAUUUAUUUUGUCAUUAAUUUUGAUAUUUGGGUAUUAUUUUCUAUUUUUGGAAGGCUUGUGAAUAUAUAAAUAUGUAUUACUGAUGUGUAGUGGUACAGAAUA